ACAGCAUGAGAGUUGCAAAUGUGAACAUAGGGGCCUGAGGGAAUGCACGGGGUAGGUUUUCUUAGGAAAAUUGCCCAGGGGGGAGAGUCAGAUUUACAGCAAACAAUUCAGAUGCUUACUGAGCAAGCUGCUCCUGUUCAGUGCCCAGAGCAGCAGCUCUUCCCCACACUGCCUUACCUAGGUUUGGGAAGGGAAUCUAGCACUUCAGAAUAACACUAGUCACUAAGUCCUGGCGUACAGAUAAUUGCUUUGUUUUCCUUUACUGUUUCUGAAAAAUAGUAAAAAAACCCCCAGCUGAACAGAAUAGGAAAAACCUGACCAUUCCCAUCUGAGCUGCAAGAGUAUGGGCCAGCAAAUACCCCUUCACACCUCUCCUAGGGCAGCAAUAACUAAUCAAUACCAAUACAGCUGAAGCAGAGAGACUCUGCUGUAUUUGGAUGAGCUCCCUUGGACCUGUGCAAGCUACCUGUCCGUAUACCUCAGCCAUGACAGGGAAGAUCACACUGUUAUCAGGCCACUGCUCAUUUAGACCAUACGGACAGCUGUCAUCCUGCAUCCCACCCACCUUUGGGUCUUUGGCUGGGUCCAAGCUGGUGACUUGGGUCCUGCCUGUAUCAGGGGAUUUGACAGAAAGCUGGACCCAGUGCAAGCCCUGACCCUGUGCUGGGAGGAGGUGUUCAUACUUUGCUGCCUGGGUGCAAGUACUGUCUCAAGCCUUCCAUGGGGUAUGAGGCAGGAAACCUUCUGCAGCAAUGAUGUGGGCCAGGAUAUCUCCAAUGUGAGCUAGUCACUCAAAGGUUCCCUUUCUGGGAGGGAUACAACAAUCCCCAGGUGUCUGGUGAGAACCUGAUUGGCCUCAGCAGGGCCCGUCGCCCACACAAUGCCAUCUUUGUGAACUUUGAUGAUGAAGAAAUCCCAACUAAACCCCUGGAUGCUGCUGUACAGACCUGGAAGAAAGUGUGCACCAAUCCUGUGGAUAAAAAGGUGGAGGAAGAGCUGAGAAAGCUCUUUGAAGUCCAUCCUGUCUGGUCUCGGAAUGCAGUAAAAGCCAAUGUCAGUGUCCACCCAGACAAGCUGAAACUUCUGUUGCCAUAUUUGGCCUAUUACAUGGUUAUGCCUCUAAUGAUAUGUGAUGAAAGCAAAACAGAGUCUGCCCAUCACUGUCAAGAAGCAGGGUAUGCUGUUCCAGCAGAAGGGCUUUCUUUGGUUAAACAAGUGGUGAAGAUGGCAAAGAGCAGCUGGCAUAUGAGUCUGGAGAGGAUGAGGAUGACGAAGAGGAAGAGGAUGAAGAGGACUUCAAGCCUUCUGAUGGGAGUGAAAAUUAAGAAAUUCUGGACUAUGUGUGAACUCAGUGACCAGUCUUACUGCUGUUGGACAGAAUCUUCUCUGCUCUUGUUCCUUGAGAGCUGAGGAUUCAGCCACCGUGCCCAGGAUGUGGGAAAGCAGAACUUGUACUAAGAUGAUGACAAUCUCUCUGCACUGACUGCAGUGCCUGCUGAUGGCUGUCAUUCUGGAUGUUUGGGAGCCAUUGCCUACAUUUUCAUAAUCGCUGGCUAAUAAGCCCUCAAGCAAGCUCAACAAACUCCCAAGAAAGAGCCCAGAAUCCAAGCCAUACACCAGAGAAGAGGAGAAGCUGCAUUCCCAAAUCUCUCCAUGUGUGGGAAGUGCACUUUGGCUGGGUUGGUGGCCACGUGGACAAUAGAAAAGGUGCCCGAGGAGGUGCUGGGGGAAGCACUUCAGUGCUCCUGGAGUUCCUAAGGCAGGUGCUGCCCUUCUGCUUGUCUAAGGGGAGUGAAAAUACUGUGCCAUGACUUCAGCAUUGAGCCUUGCUGGUGAUCUUGGAAAUAAAGCCUGCAGGAAAACACACUUUCUGGCAGUGAAUAAUUCCCUUCUGUGGGAGCUGGGUGUGGUGUACACCGAGGGCGGUUUUGUGGAAGGCGAGAGUAAAAAACUGGGACUCUUUGGGGACUACGUCGACAUCUUCAGAGGGAUCCCCUUUGCUGCCCCUCCAAAGACUCUGGAAGACCCCCAACCUCAUCCUGGCUGGGAUGGAACGCUGCAGGCAAAAGAAUUCAAAAAACGCUGCAUUCAGAUGACACUUACACAAACUGAUGUCCGUGGAAGCGAGGACUGUCUCUAUCUGAACAUCUGGAUCCCUCAACAGAGGAAACAUAUCUCUACCAACUUGCCAGUGAUGGUCUGGAUCUACGGCGGCGCCUUCCUUGUAGGAGGGAGCCAGGGAGCCAACUUCCUCAAUAACUACCUCUAUGAUGGCGAGGAGAUUGCUGUGCGGGGCAAUGUGAUCGUGGUGACCGUCAACUAUCGCCUGGGGCCCCUAGGCUUCCUGAGCACCGGAGAUGCAAACUUGCCAGGGAACUACGGGCUGAAGGACCAGCACAUGGCUAUUGCCUGGGUGAAGAGGAAUAUCAAGGUCUUUGGGGGUGACCCAGAAAACAUCACCAUCUUUGGGGAAUCAGCCGGUGCCGUCAGUGUCUCCCUGCAGAUGUUGUCCCCAAAGAACAAGGGCCUGUUCAAGAGAGCCAUCAGCCAGAGUGGUGUCGGCAUCUGCAGCUGGGCCAUCCAGAAAGACCCACUCUCCUGGGCUAAAAAGAUUGGACAACAUGUGGGCUGCCCCACAGACAACACCACCGCCUUGGCCAACUGCCUGCGCGUCUCCGACCCCAAAGCUGUGACGCUGGCCUACCACCUGCAGCUGACCAACCUGCCCUCUCCCCUGGUUCACACACUCGCCCUCACUCCUGUCAUUGAUGGAGACUUCCUCCCAGACAUGCCAGAGAACCUCUUUGCCAACACUGCUGACAUUGACUACAUUGCUGGGAUCAAUAACAUGGAUGGACACAUCUUCGCUGGCAUUGAUUUACCUGCUAUCAAUCGCCCAUUGGUGAAAAUCACUGCGCAAGAGGUCUAUCAUUUGGUCAAAGGACUUACUGUGGACAGGGGCGAGCGUGGAGCCAAUGCGACAUACAACCUCUACACGCAAGUGUGGGGUGACAACCCGGACCAGGAGGUCAUGAAGAGGACAGUGGUGGACCUGAUUACUGACUACAUCUUCCUGGUUCCCACACAGUGGGCACUAUAUCUGCACCUGCAGAAUGCCCGGAGUGCCAAGACAUACAGCUACUUGUUCUCCCAGCCAUCCCGAAUGCCCAUCUACCCAAGCUGGGUAGGGGCAGACCAUGCUGAUGACCUGCAGUACGUGUUUGGGAAACCCUUUGCCACCCCUCUGGGCUACCUGCCCAAGCACAGGACUGUCUCAAGUGCCAUGAUUGCUUACUGGACCAACUUUGCCAGGACAGGUGAUCCCAACAAAGGGAAUUCAAAGGUGCCCAUUGCCUGGCUGCCCUACAGCAAUGAGGGCAGUUACUACCUGGAAAUCAACAACAAGAUAAACCAGGACUCUGUGAAGCAGAACCUGAGAUCCCGGUACGUGAACUUCUGGAACACAGUCUACCAGAGUCUGCCGCAGGUUGCCAACAUCUCCCUGACCGAGGAACUGCUGUGAAGCUAAGAAAAAAACACCUUUUGAAAAUAGGCCAAAUUCAUUAAAGGCUUGCUUGUAACUGA